AAGAGAGAGAAACAUCAGUGUGAGAGAGACACAUCAGUUGGUCUCCUCGCACACACACAAUUGAAUCUGCAAGCCAGGUACAUGCCCUCAACAGGGAAUCGAACCCGCAAUUCUUUGGUUCACGGGGCUCUAACCACUGAGCCACACCGGCCAGGGCCCUGUUAGUAUUUUUAUCUAAUGCCCCAGUUUCAAUUAGUGGUAUACUCUGAGCCUGUGAUUCAGUACUAACAACAUGGCAACUGUGUUAACUGUUUCUUGCUUCACAUUUCUAAUAGACAGGACCUGUUUACAGACUGUAAUACUGCGCCCACUUUAAUGAUUGCUUCUUUCUCAAUUUUCUCUUUCCCACAUUACAGUCAAACACAUUAUUAGCAUAAAGAGAAAUAUCACUGGCACCUAGCCUAAGCCAUCUGGUGACCAGCAUUUUGACUUAAAUUCUAAAUACAUUUAUACAUGCCAUUUAUCCUACUCCCAUGGCUAAGUCGGAAAGGUGAAAUGCCAGCAGAUUUCAUAGAAGAAAAUAAAAGCAAUAGAAGCAGUGAAUGGUUCCCACAAGAAAGGAGAAGUAACGGGAAUUUAGUGUCACUCCCCCUACAUUGUUGACAUUUUUGAAAGAUUGAGCCAAAACUGAAGUGGAAGUUAAAAGGAUUAGACUAAUUAUUGAAUGCGAAAUCCCUUUUGUAACUGUUUUUGCACGGUAUCAAGAAGUUUAUACAAGAAAUGGGCAUGUAAGUGGACCAGUUGUUCAGCAGAAAGCAUUGGAUUUUUUGCCAACCUUGGGCCUGAUGAGAAUCAAGCAACUGUGUGCUGGCUGAACAAAUUUUAGGCAUGUUAGAGAAUUGUUUCAGAAGUUGUCUAGUGAAAAAAAGCACUGUUCCAGUAGAGAAAUUUAGUAACUUGCAUGCAAAAGAAAUUUAAAAAGCAGUUGCUAGUUACAGCUUGAAUGAUGUUUUAAAUGCUGAUUUAAGUUUUACAAGUUGUUACCUUAUAUACUUCAUGCCCUAGGUGGACUUUACAAAAGGAGGUAAACAGAUUGAUGAUUGCUCUGUUCUGCUAUAAUGCAUCCUGGACCAAAAAGAUGAGACCGCUUGUCACUGCCAAGUCAGUUAACCCUCAGGGCUUCAGAAAUCUUCACCUACUCCCCUGUGAUGACCAAGCUAAUAUGCAUGCCCGAAGAACGAGAGAGAGAUUUAUUUAAUGAAUGGCUGAGAAAGGUUGGCAAGAGAAUGAAAGGAGCAAAAUGCAGUAUCCCCUAGCUGAUAACUGGUUGCUCUGCUCACAACAUUCUCCUAUGCUUGGAUCAUGCGUGUCUUGAGUUUUUUCCCGUUGAACUGCACAGCCAUUCUGUAGCCAUCCGAUUAGGGUGUAAUUUGUAUGGUGAGAGCUCACUGUGGAAACAACUCUCCUAAAUGUAGAUGAUGAAGGGAAAAUAGAAACUUUUGGGAAAUGAAGGAAGCCAUUGGCAUGAUUGCUGAGACCUGGUGGUCGAUAGAGCAGUCCACAGUAUUGAAAUGGUAGCAGAAAACAGGCAUGAUUCCUAUGGAAUCCCCUAAGGUCACAUUGGAAGAAGACUGCAAACCAAACGUGGUAUUUGAACUAGUCUGGUACUCAAGUGCUAUUGUCACUGGUCUCCCAAAUCAGUUUGAUUUCGAAGACUGUGGCUACAGAUACCAAUUUAACUAUUUCCCAAGAUUUAGCAAAUCCUAAAAUUGCUGCAGGAAUGAUAACAUGUCAAAAUGGAACCAGAAAGUGAUGAUGAUGAUGACAAAGACAGUGAUAACCAUAACAUCCAAGGGGAACAAGUGAUGGCACAGCCAACAGUGAACACUUCAGAAGUCCUUGCAAGUGAAGAAGUGUUGACAAUCCUUUCCCUUAAAGCAGAUGUUCCUGAGGAGGUGUUUACCCAAUUAAGUGGGAUAGAUAAGUAUUUAGUGACCACUGCAACAAAUACUUUUGAAAAAACUGAAGUGCUAUAAUAAAGUGGCAAAAAUACUGCUUUUAUUAGGUCUAUAAAAUGGAAGACUUAAUAUUUGUAUAAACAAAGCCCCCGGGAGUGUUUAAAUGUGAGUGUUUGGCGCUUAUUUCUUAACAUUUACUGCAUGCUAGGGUUGCAGAAUUUCCUACCCCCUUACCCCCCAAAUUUUAUUUUAGUGUCACUAAUUUCAGCCUUUCUUUGGAAGGUUUCUUUUCCUACCACCUCCCUUCCAAACCUCCCCUCUCCCCCACCAUUAGGUGGCAGGAGUGAUAACAAUAAGCCUUUGCCUAAUGUACCUAGAAGAGAAAAUUAUUCACAAAAUGUUACCACUCCAGCAGGGAGAACCAGAAGCCAAAGGACACUUAGAUUUAAUAGGGUAGAUUUAGAGUAAUUAAGAAAGAAGAGGAUAUGCAUGUGAAGAAGACAGCAGAGCAGUCCUUCCCAGAGAGUCGCUGUAGGCAAAGGGGGAGUGAGGGCAGACAGCUGCCUGCUUACCCUUACUGCUGGGUAGUAGUGCUUGGGCCAGUGGAGGAAGGGGAGGAGUGAGGGGAAAUGUGACACGGGUGAAGCUGUAGGAGAAACAGCAAAGAAAUCCUCGUGCUUCGCUCAGACUGGUGUCCUGAAAGGGCUGUUGGAAGGUGAGGAAGAGAAAGUGGGAGGAAACAGAGAAGGCCGUAGAUAACCCGCUGGCCACUCCUAACCUAGCACCUCCUUCAUAUUACAAGAUACAAUGUGACUCAGACCAACCAAUGAUUCUCCAGGCUUCCAUAAGUAGGAAAACAACUUUUGCCCACCUCACUGGUUGGUUCUGAGAGAUGAAAAAUAAAAUAACCAUUUUGCCAAACAAAACUAAAAGCACCAUUUGCAAAGUAUGUGUUAUACAAAGCAAACAAUUGACAAUCACUUUUGGUAUAUAUCUGGACUGGAACGCAAAAAAAUUAGUGUAGUUUUUUUAAAGAGCAUUAUCAAAAAACAAUCACAAAGGAAAAAAUCUCAUAUUUUGUUUUUAGGUAAUAAAUCACUAUCAGUCAAGAUGUCUUCAGCACCUGAGCCACCAGCCUUUAAAAAGGAACCACCCAAAGAGAAAGACUUCCCAAACCCAGGGCUUAGAGGUGUCCGCACAACAACUUUAUUUCGAGCUGUGAACCCGGAGCUCUUCAUUAAACCUAACAAACCUGUAAUGGCUUUUGGAUUGAUAACCCUUUCGCUGUGCGUGGCUUACAUUGGUUAUCUGCACGCGACACAAGAGAAUAAAAACGACCUCUAUGAGGCUAUUGAUGGUGAGGGACACAGUUAUAUGAGAAGGAAAACAUCUAAAUGGGAUUAAUAGUCCUGGCUACUAUGGAUGGAGCUAAAUAAGGGCUCUGGAACUGUCAAAUGAUGGACUUCAUAAUGGCACAAUGUCAUGUUUCUUGUACAGUUGUGACCAGACCACUAUAGUAAAUUUUUCUUUUCAGAGCUGCAGCUGUGAUCUUACUCGUUCCCUCAGAAAGCUUCUCAAUGUAUUUUUAAAAUUAAAACCUCUUAUGAAAGUGCUAUGAGAAUGGAAGUUGUUUUUGUUCAUUAUUAAGUUCUGUAUAAUGAAACUACCCAGUGUUGUUAAAUUUGCAUGGUAUUUUUAAUAUUUUAAGGUGAAUUGUGCAUUUGCAAUUAUUGCAAGGGUUUAGCUUUGUUUUGCUAUUUGCAAAGGAAAUGUUUAUUUCCUACAAGGUCUAGAACCUAUAUUUGCGGAAAAAAAGAAAUAAUUUUAAAUUAUUAUAAAGCCUGCAGUUAAUUUUAAAGACAAAUAAUUUUUACAGUUCAUGUAUUUUGGUUUUCCAUUUCAGCUAUUUUUGGUCCAGAAUUUUAUUUUAUUUGAAAAGAUACUCCCACUCAACUACUAAAACCAAGAUUUAAAUGAGCGAAUAACCCAAAGUAAUUGGAGUGGUUUUUUUUGAGAGAAAAUGUAUGUUAUAAUAAGGUAUGAUGUUUUUAUUUGACUACAACUGUUAUCUAUUUUAGUUUUUGUAAAUUAAUGUUACAAUUAUAUGAUAAGCAUAAGACCAAACAUCCUUAUAGUUAUUUAAAAACUAGAACUGCUCAGUAGAUAAGACCUCCUUACUGUCCUGGGUUUACCUUGUAUCAUUUAAAUCUUUCUGACAGUGGUUCUGGACCUGUUUUAUUUCUAGAUAUUUACCCCAUUCUCCAAAUCAUUGUAAUUAGGGCUCAGUAAUAAAUCUCAUUUCUGAAA